ACGAAAUGGCAACCUGUUCUUCCAUUAAAACGAAAAGCUAUGGCGACUUCAAAGGGAGCAAAUACAUACAACAGAUUAAACUGGGAAGACUCGGAAUUUCCAGUAUUGUGUCAAACAUGUCUUGGAGACAAUCCAUACAUAAGAAUGACAAAAGAAAGAUUCGGAAAAGAAUGCAAGAUAUGUUCUCGUCCAUUCACAGUUUUCAGGUGGUGUCCCGGUUCCAGAAUGAGAUUUAAGAAAACAGAAGUUUGCCAAACAUGUAGUAAACAGAAGAAUGUUUGUCAAACUUGUCUGCUUGAUCUAGAAUAUGGCUUGCCGGUUCAAGUCCGUGACUAUGCCUUGAAUAUGAAAGAUGAAAUACCAAAAUCUGAGGUCAAUCGAGAGUAUUAUUCACAGAAUAUGGAACGUGAGGUAAUGAAUGCUGAUGGUUCCCAACCAUACGGUACUUUAGCAAAAGCUCAAACUCCAAGUGACCUUCUGAUGAAGUUGGCUCGAACCACUCCAUAUUAUAAACGUAACAGGCCUCAUAUUUGCAGUUUUUGGGUAAAAGGUGAAUGCAAACGAGGCGAAGAGUGCCCCUACAGACAUGAGAAACCUACAGACCCUGAUGAUCCAUUAGCUGAUCAAAAUAUAAAAGAUCGGUUUUAUGGUGCAAAUGAUCCGGUUGCUGAUAAAUUACUUAGAAGAGCAGCUGCAAUGCCCAAGUUAGAACCCCCUGAAGAUAAAACUAUAACAACAUUAUAUGUUGGUAAUUUAGGUGAAAAAAUAACAGAAAAAGAUCUCAAAGAUCAUUUUUACCAGUACGGUGAAAUACGCUCUAUAACUUUGCUGAAUAAGCAGCAGUGUGCUUUCAUUCAGUUUACUACAAGAUCUGCAGCAGAACAAGCUGCAGAAAAAGCAUUUAAUAAAUUAAUACUCGGGGGCAGAAGAUUGACAAUUAAGUGGGGUCGAUCUCAGGCGAAAGUUAGUACUGGUGGAAGUAAAGAUGUUGAAGCAAAAAAUCUUGAACCUGUACCUGGUUUACCAGAAGCUUUGCCGGCACCUUCGGAAGAAUUAGCUAACAAUUAUUUCAACUUAACACCGACAAUGAUGCAGCCUGCUCCACCGUUGCCACCGUAUCCUCCUCCAAUUGCAAUGCUUCGAGGACCACCUCCAAUUGGCAUGGGAUUUACCAUUCCACCACCUCCACCACCUGUGUCUUUUGUCAGGACCCGUGGCGUUUCUUUAAGACCCCCAGGCAUCUCAAUGCCACCAGGUUUACGCCCCCCAGGAUCUUAUCCCCCUCCACCUCUGCAAACUUCAGCCCAACCUCCCCCUUCAGAAGAUCCAAGUGUUUUAAAGCAAACCAUACAUUAUCCAUCCCAGGACCCUCAAAGGAUGGGAUCUUCGGGAUCAACAAAGGCCUAGUAUAUUUUCCACUGUGUAAAUUGUAUAAACUUUCAAAACGAGAAUUUUUUUUAAUAAAUAUCUUUUUUGUCUUUGUCAAUAGCUUGUAAAUA